CGGCAGCAGCAGCAACAGCUUCGGCUCCAUCCCCGCCGUCGCUGGCCAGUUUGUCUCCAGUCACGAAAGCAGCAGCCUUUCCAAGGCAGCCAAAGGUGCCUGGCAGAGUUCAGUAGCUCUCACACUCCGCUCCCCGCCCGCUUCUCCGGCUCCUGCUGCGAGGAUCAGGCUGUCUUUGGCAGGAGGAAGACCUUGGAAAGUUGCACACAUUCCUGGUGCGAGGGAUCAAUCUGCUGCUUCCAUUCUCUCUCGGAGGAGGAAAGCACGGAAUGGCUGCGCACGGGGGACUCUGGGACCACCGCGAGGGGAGGAGGGAAGCUCAGCCCCCUUCCCAGACGGCUAUAAAGCCGCGACGGGCAUCCUGCGAACUUCUCAGAGCAGAGCCAGGAGGCAUCUGGCAGAGGGAGGGGGCAGUUCACCGACGGGACGAAGCGUCUCGGGCGAUAAAGUCCCCAACCGACGAGCUCGGUCGGGGCUGCGGCGGAGGAAGGGUCCCCCCGACGGCUUCCCGCGUCUCUCCACAGAGAAACCAUUUUUUAGGAGUCCCACGGGCGUGCGCCCCCCAUGGCGGAAGGCGGGAGCCACGACGGGGCGCCCAGCGCGUUCCUCAAGAGCGCCGUCCAGCCGGCGCUGCUGCUUUCUUGCGUCCUGCUGCUGUACCUGUGGGCGAGGAGGAGCCCCCGGACGGCGGGCAAGAGCCUCCCCGGCCCCGUCGGGUGGCCGCUGCUGGGCAACGUGCUGCAACUGGGUCGCCUGCCGCACCUCACCUUCGGGGAGCUGGCGAGGCGCUACGGCGACAUCUUCCAGCUACGCCUGGGCCGGCGCGCCAUCGUGGUGCUCAAUGGGGAGGCGGCCAUCCGACAGGCCCUGGUGCAGCAGGCCAUGCCCUUCGCGGACAGGCCCGACUUCCUUUCCUUCCGCCUGGUGUCCGGAGGCAAGAGCAUGGCCUUCGGGCGCUACAGCGAGCGCUGGCGGGCGCAACGGCGGGUGGCGCACGCCACGCUGCGGGCCUUCUCGACGGCCAACACGCCCAGCAAGCAGCUCUUCGAGCAGCACGUGGCGGCCGAGGCGCAGGAGCUGAUCGACGGUCUGCUGCGGCUGAGCCAGGGCGGCGCUUACGUCGACCCUUCGCCGCUCUUCGUCGUGGCCAACGCCAACGUGCUGUGCGCCCUCUGCUUCGGGCAGCGCUACAGCCACGCCGACGGCGAGUUCCGCGCGCUGCUGAGCAGGAACCACCGCUUCGGGCAGACGGUGGCGGCGGGCAGCUUGGUGGACGUGCUGCCCUGGCUUCAGGCUUUCCCCAACCCGGUGCGCAGCGUCUUCCAAGACUUCCAGGCGGUCAGCCGCGAGCUGUACGACUUCGUGUGCGCCAAGGUAGCGCAGCACCGCAGCACCUUCCAGCCCGGCGCCCCUCCGCGCCACAUCAGCGACGCCAUCCUGGAGUGCAUGGAGCACGGCCCCGGCGCGCAGCAGGGGCUGGGCGGAGACCACGUCGAGGGCACCCUGGCCGACUUGUUCGGCGCGGGUCAGGACACCACCUCCACCGCCCUCACUUGGGUGCUACUCCUCCUCCUCAAGCACCCGCAGCUUCGACGGCAGCUGCAGGCGGACCUCGACCGGGUGGUGGGCCGCUCCCGGCUUCCGACGGGUGACGACCGCGCCUCCUUGCCUCGCCUGGAAGCCUUCCUCCACGAGACGUUCCGCUACAGCAGCUUCGUGCCCGUCACCAUCCCGCACGCCACGGCCGCCGACGUGCUGCUGGACGGCUUCCACAUACCCGAGGGCACGGUGGUCUUCGUCAACCAGUGGUCCGUCAACCGCGACCCGCUGCGCUGGAAGGACCCGCACGUCUUCGACCCGACGCGCUUCCUGGACGCCCGGCAGGAGAACGUCGACCGGGACCUCAUGUGCCGGGUCAUGAUCUUCUCGACGGGCAAGAGGCGCUGCAUCGGCGACCAGCUCGCCAAGCUGCAGCUCUUCCUCUUCACCGCCAUCCUUCUGCAGCAGUGCGACCUGGAAGCCAACCCAGCCGAGGAACUCACCUUGGAUUACGUCUACGGGCUGGUGCUCAAGCCCUUGCCUUACACGGUGUCCGUUUCCCGGCGAAGCGCUCUCCCUAGCGGAGAGGAGGAGGAGGAGGAGGGAGGGAGCCUCGGAGGGACCGUCGAGGGCGCCUCUUAGCAAUGGAGCGACCCUCCCCACCAGCAAGUUCUCCAUAGCUCGAGGUCAGGCCCCUGCUGGCUUUUCAGAGCUGCCCUCUGCCAGAGGAAGUUGAUGUUUUCCCUCACCAGCCCCUCUCCCCCUAACUUUCUGAGGUUUCAGACUGUGCCUUUCACACAGGGAUGGGGAAUCUGCCGCCCUCCCAGAUGAUGGUGGCUUGGCCUGCAGCUCCCAUCCGCCACAGCCAGGAUGGCCAGUGGUCAGCCGGAAUGGGAGCUAUAGUCCAGCAACAUCUGGAGAGAGCCAAAGGUUCCUCAUCCCUGUGAGGAGCUGGACUGGCAGACAUUGCGCUGUGGAAAGCUUAAACCUGCUGGGGAGUUUUCUGAGCCUGUGGUCAGUUUGCAGCCAAACCACACAGCUCACCUGGGUGCCCCAUCCAGAGACCUCCAAUCAAACACCUUACAUUUGAGAUGCAUUGAGACCAUUGUGAGGGGGGGAGGAGAAACACGUUAUUGUGGUGGUGUGGGAAAUUCGCAUCAGUUACUUCCUUUGGGACUGUGAAGUUUUGUAAUAAAUGCCUCCUUGAAGCAGGCACCCAUGCAGACAGAAAAGGUCUCCUGGAUUCUCCCAGCUCCCCCCACUCCCCCCCCAAAAAAAUUGUGUCAAGAAGUUUGCCACUGAACAGUAUUGUUGAUCAAAAAAAAGGAGGUACGGUUGUGUUAUGUGAAAAGCAUUUUUAAUAGGAAGCAUUUAUUUGGAACUAAUGUGUAGUCAGUGUGAAGAGUAUCACAGUGACAAUGCCUUUAACUGCAGGUCCAUCAGCUGGGAAAUGACACUUAAGGGUGGCAGCCCAGCACUUAAUUAUUAUGUAUACAUGUGCACAGUUGUCACCUGGGACAAUCCCUAUGCAGUUUUGUGUCCCUCCCACACUUGCCAUAUUUGAAGCAGAACAAGAAGAGAGAUACUCCCUACCUGUGGCAGCCAGGAGCAAGUAAUCUGUGCUCUGACUUUGCUAAGAAUUAACCCUGUGGCUCCAUCCCAUCUCAUAGGGUGAGUCAUAUAUAGAGUUAUCUUUCAUUUAAAAAAAAA